UUGGUUUUUGUGUUUUUUUUGCGGCUCGUGAUAAUUAAUUAGGUUUCUUGAAGUUUUUGUGCUUAUUUAAUUAUUAAUUAUGUAGAAAAAGUCGUAUUAAUUUAGUAUUUUCAUACCCUUGUUACGUAUUCAUCAGCUAACAUGUCAUACUUUCGAAUCAUCGUCAACCCGUUACUCAACCGGAGCAUCGUUCGCUUAGCAUCAAAAAGGUAUUUUCUUUCCAAUGCCUUUGAAUGUAAAGAUGCCUGGAGUAAUCGCUUGAAUCAGCCAAUAUUCAAGAAAGUCAACGUAGAAAGUAUGUACUACGAAUUGGAUAGUCAGUAUAAGAAAUCCAAAGUACUCGUUCCAAUAGAUGUGGACAUAUUCAUCAAUAGUCAAAUCGACGAUACUUUUUUAAUCGAAGUAGAGGAACUGGCUUACAGAUUUCGUCUCACAGGAUUCGCUCAUAACACUUUACCUAGCACUCAUCACGGAUUUAUCCGUCUAUUUUUCAAUUACAAAAAAGAUGACUUGGUUAGAAUUCUUCACGAUCGUCUGAAUUACGGCAUCUUUCCCGACGAGUAUCUUCUCUGUUACCUUAUCGAUAAAUUUUUAAAGGCUGAAGAUUACAGAAACGCUGCCAAAGUUGGCACAUUGCAAAUGUUUCAAGAAGAUUAUUCACAUACUUUGAAUAGAAAUUUAUCUUUAUACGCCAUACAUCGAUAUUUAUUAACCGAAGUCCCAUGGGAAGACAUCGUGGAGGAGAAGAAAGAUGACGAUGAAGAAGAGGAAGAAGUCAAAGUUAGAGUUGGGUAUGUGAGAAAUCCAUAUUUUGAUGACCAUUUCGAUCUAGAAGAUGCACAACAUAUAUGCGGAAAAUCUUUAGUCAUGAUUAGUAAUCAUUUAGAUAGCAUUGCUAUGAAGAAUAGCUACAAGGUAUUGGGAUUGGCGUUGUAUAAUAAAUGGGAAAAACUGAUCGAUGAAUUGAAUCGUGUGAUUGAUUUACAAAAAAAUUCCGAAGAUUGUAUCUUAUAUAAAGAUGCACUUGAUUUUGCUUCAAAAAUUAUUGCAGAGAAGUUGAAAGACGAUGGUCCUUUACUUGAUAAAUUAACAAAUCUAAUUAGUCAGAUAAAAGAAGAAAAAUGUUCGAAAAACAGUUUGUUAAGCGACGUUGAAAAUCUCACAAAGGAGAGUGUCAAUGUUCACGAAGCGGAUAUCAUUAAUUCUCAAAACAAGUUGUACGAAGAGUGGGACGACUUUCGUGAAAAUGAGCUCAAAACACAUCUGGCGGAAUUACAAAGGAAGAAUCGUUUAGCAGAAAUAGCUCGUAAAAAAGUUGAAUUGGAGCAUAAGGAACAAUUACUGCAUUUCUUCGAUAAUGAAUUAGAAAUCAAUCGAGUUUGUGAGAAGAAAGAAGACAUUUUGAGAAAACGAGCUAAACAUCAAUCAAUUGAUGAAAAAGAAAAAGAAUACAUACCUCCUGAAAUUAAAAAGCGAGGGGUGGAUCAAGACUAAAUGUUUAUUUAUCUUUUAACUUGAUGUGUAGAUGAAAUAAUUAUAAUUGUAUUCGUGAAAAAUGAAUAGUUCUUCGUUAUCAAUUCAAAAAAAAUCGUAUUCUGUAUGAAUGCGGAUGAUUUUUUAUUUGUAAAAAUGAUUUGGAUGAUUCUUGUUUUUAUAAAAUAAAAGUAAUUGAUUGUUUUA